AUCUCUUUUUUCCAGGACUGUACAAAAAAAUCCCACAGAUGAACAACUUUGUUGUGUACGAAGGAUUCUUCGCUAGUCAGCAGAACAACUCGGAUGUUGACGGUCGCCGUAUGCACAUCACAGCUAGUCCUAACACGAACCUGUUCGGGCCCACCUUUACGUCCGUGCAAGAACAACGCCGAAGGAGCAACUCGCAGCCGAGGGUCGUCAGCCAGGUCCUGAGCCCUCUGCCUCAGCCCCCGGUCGUGGUGCAACCUCCCGUUGGCCGAUACGCGGCCAAACGACCUUCCUGCAGUAUGGCACAGAUAAUUCACAACAGUCCAACGACAGUAUCCACGGAGCCUAACAGCACCCCUUCCUCCACUAACAACCAUCAUGCGCCUCCAUCAGCUUCCAACAACAAUGACGAUUACGUAGAAAACGGUAAUCAUUACGAUGUUGAUCCUCGGGAAUUCGAAGAGGACCAGCAGCAGCAGCAGCAACGUCGUCAUCAUCACCGGAGUUGUCACCGGAAUGGCCUCCAGGAUCCGGAAGAUGACGAGAAUCCGGAACCGGAAGGCACCGCACAAGGCAGCCCAGCAACAACAAGCAAUGGGGGGGACAAUGCCGGUGACGAUGACCACGUGGCCGCCGCUGCCGCUCGCUCUUCCGGAACACUACUUGACGAUGAGGUCCUAUCGGCUAACCUGCAAAAUUUGGCAUUAUCGGAUGAGGUUGACUAUCAUCAUCACCAUCAGCAGCAACAGCAACAGCAAGUUACAUUUGCCCAAGAGUACGCGGACAUUCCCAAGCCGGCAUCCGAUCCGGAUCCGUACAGCUUCCAUCCGCACCAGCUAGAACUGGAGGACACUAACCGUGAAAAUUCCGCUUCUCCUCAAUCUAUCAGCCAGCAGCACACGCCGGAACAUCCGGCCGGGGUACCGAGGUUGCGGGCUCCCUUGCCACACAACAAACAGCACACGGGUCUGAAGAACAUCUCGUUUGGGGUUGGAUCGGCCGUCACGCCCUGUGGCAAGAUGGAAUUCGAACAGGAACAGGACGAAGGCUUUGGGACGGUCAAAAUUGGACGACCGAUCGGAAAAUCCGGUACCCGUCACAGUUUGCACUCCGGGGGCGAUGGGGACAAUGAGUCGGUGUACUCGAAGAAUUCCGAUAGCAGUCACAUCACCGAUCAUGGUCAUUUUGACUUGAAGUUCUACCAUAAUAAGCUGUGGUAAACGGCCACAUGUCUGCCAGACUCUCAGCUAUUAGGCUACCUAUACAAUACCAAAAAUGUACAAGUCAUAGAUUCUAGGAUUAGGAAAGAUAGAUCCUUGCAAAGGACUCGUUGUCUAUUCAUUUGUUGAGUCUUCCAGAAUGAUGACAAAUUAAUUAUUCCUGUCAUAUUGCGAACUUUGAUUAUAUCAGUCGGCUGAAUUAUCCAAAUGAAUAUGAUAUCGUAUACAAAUAACAACCUAGGAAUAAUUUGUCAGUUUAGUCGGAUACGUCUGAAGGUAUUUCUUAUUGAGGGAGAUUUGUUAACAAUUCAGUCAAUUGAGCUUCAAAAACUAGAGCUUUUGAUUUAUUUUCUUCAACAAUACUAGUUCAAAAAUCGUUCAUGGAAGACUCCCAACAAACAGAUAGGAUUAAUAAAUAAGCUGUAUAAUUAUCAAAAAGCCGAUUUUCUGAAAAAAUCUGAACACAUUGUCAACGAUGGAAUAAUGACGGAGGCUGCAUGAACUGUUGUCGUAAGCAGUAGUAGAUCUAUUUGAAUGAAAAAUUUGAAAACAAAAAAAAACAAAUAACAUCCAUUUUAUUUGAAAUUAGAAAAAAAGUAAGUGACGUGAAUCCGAAGAAAAUGAAAAUCAAAUUACGCUACAAAAUAUUUAAAAAAUGAAAAUAAACCCUGUUUGGACUAAAGUAAAGCGAGUAGAUGUCGCCGCUUGUUGUUCUUAAACUAAACCUACUGGUAGAUUUGGUUCCUCACAACCUUUAGAUAUUUACCAAUUGUUUUCUGUUGAAUCCUCAUCGACACUGUUGAUUUUGCCAUUUUGUUCAACCAACUUCGUUAUCCCAUUGAGUAGUAGAGUAGUCCUAUAUAGAAAUAUCAUUAGACUAAAACCACGCACCAAAGUAUUGGAUAUAUCAUUCACAUUUCCAUUUUUCUUAAUCAUUAGAGUGAUUUCGCUAUUUUUUGUAAGCUUUACUGAUAACUGAGCACAACUUUGGAUGUAAGAAAAUACUCAAAUUGGAAAAAAAUGAAACGACAACAAAAAUCUCAAGCAAGUAGUGAAAAUAAAAAUAUUCGUGUGUGAAGAAUGCGAGUUCAAAUUUAGAGAUUAAACAUAAAAAAUUAAAAGCAUUUCUAACUCAACCUGUCUGUGUACUCGUUUUGCAGAAAUUUUCAGGAGGAUUACCUUGACGAUUAUAUUUUGCAUUAAUUUGUGUGUGUCAACUCUUCCACCACACAUCCAUACGAACACACACAACAACAACAACAGUCACAAAAAAAAACACUACACACACCCACACACGUUCUUCAACCGUAGUAGAGCAGCGAACGAGAAACAAAAAAAAACACAGUAACAUUAAACCUUUCCUAGAAAAUUCGAGAAAAUUGGCGAGUAGAAAAUUAAACGAUUGUAACGGUAAGCGCAAAAACAAAAUUACUAUCUACAGUGUACACUAAUAAGCUGAACUUUAAAUGUUGAAAAAUAAAAUCAGAACAAACAUGUGCAACCUUUUGAUCAAUGAAUAAAAAAACCUGCCAACGGCCCUUGAA